AUGACGAAACUUCAGAUUAUUAUAUUGGCGAUAUUGCCCUUAUGUUUCGGCCAAUUCUCCAUCCAAGGGCCGAGCGAUGGAAACAGACGGGCUCAGGGCCUCAAGUAUAGCCCGGACAAGGGAAUCGAGUACACGAAUCAAGCCGAAUCUUUGGGAACCGGUGGUUUCUCAAUAACUGGAGCAAGUGACGGUAACAGUGAUUUCCAAAUCCAGGGCGCGACUGAUGGUAAUUCUGAAUUCCGCAUCCAAGGUGCAACUGAUGGAAACUCCCAGUUCCAAAUCCAUGGAGCGACUGAUGGCGGUAGCCAAGCUUACGUUCACGACUAUAAUACUAAUGAGCAAGCUAUCAAUCAAGGUGAAACUAUAAAUUAUAAUGCGUGCUCAGGUCAGCAAGACCAUUGGGGUGUCUACAGUCGCGCUGCCCAAGCAUCUCAAGCUCAGCCUGAAUACGAAGAGCAGCCAGCUCCCCGACCAGUCCAGAGACGACCCAGCCACAGGCGUGCGCAAGCUCAAGCGCGAUCACAGCAGCCGAAGCCACAGCCGCAACCACAAGGCCAACCGCAGGAACAAGCGGAGCCACGCUACCAUCACACGGCGCCCAUAGCCAACAUCAAUUACAACCCCAUCGACAAGGCACCGCCGUCCAUUCAGGAGAUACUUCAGUUCCAGGCCCAAAUACCAUAUGUCAACAUUAUACCCGAGCACCUUAGAUUCGAUCCACUAGCGGCUGCCAAAGAGCAAGCAGCGAAAUUCGCCGAAGAAUACCCCAAGCAAGUGUUAGCCCAGCAACCGCAGCAGCUGGUGAUCGAAGAGGCACCGCGCAGCCAGUAUAGAGCCCGACCCCCCCAGCAACAGCAGCAUCAGCAGCAGCCACGCCAGCGGCAGCAGGAACGACGACAAGCACCUUCCUACGAUGCCCAGCAGCAGCAGCAGCAGCAGCAGGCCUACUUGCAGCAGCAACAAGCUUACGCGCAGCAAGCUUACGCGGAGACUCAGCAGCGACGACAGGCACCGCAGUACCAAGCUUACGCGCAGCAGCAACAGCAGCAGCAAGCCCAAGCGGAGCAGCCAUCCCCGAAAAACUACAGGCGAGUCAAUCAGCCGCCGGUCGAGCACGCGCCUCAUUAUUCCACCAACUUGCCCAAGCAGAUCCAGGAGAUUUUGAGGUAUCAGGCGCAGAUCCCUUACGACAUCAUCGCUAAUCAGAUUCACAUCAAACCCGAGAAGCCCUAUGUGCCGCAGCCCAUCCAGCCGACUCACGCUCAGCAAGAACCUGCUCGCUACAAGGCUCAGGCGAGCGAAUAUCAGCAGCCGUACUACCAGCAGCCGCCGCAAGCUCACGGUUAUUAUGCUCAGUCUCCCGCGCAUCAACAGCACAGCCAGCAGUACGAAGCUAGCGAGGAAGAAAGCGCGGAAACUUCAGCUUAG